AUGGAAGUAACUCCGAGUGCUAAUGAAGAAAAUGAAAGAACGGAGGAACCAAUCGCAAGUAUAGAAUCUAUUGGAAACAUGACGAAUGAGAGCAUAAAUGAAGCUACAUCUGAUGAUAUUCGCCCAUCUUUUCAAAUUACUAAACAAGGUAAUAGAGAGUCGGAGAGACACAGCAGCCUUCGCAGAUAUCGCGGACGGCGCGGUAGACUUGCAAGAUUGAAUUCAUCUAAUCGAAUUCAACAAGUAAAUGGAACUGCAAAUACGGUGGAAGAAACCGGAAGGACAGAGGAGUCACUAGCAAACACGGAAUCUAUUGGAAAUGAAAUCAUUGAAAUUUUAGACGAAGAAAGUCAAGAAGAAAAUGUAAGAACGGAGGUCAUAAACGUGGACUCUAACAGAAACGAGACAAAUGAGAUUAUAUAUGAUGAUGACCGUAUUUAUGAUAUCCCGGAAGACGAUUUCAGUACUCUCGGCAUUGGUUUAUAUGAAGACGAACGGGAUGAUGUACCUUAUCAUCCUAUUCCGUCGAAUCCAAUAUCUGCAUUAGGUGAACGCAUAUAUGGUUCAUGUUGUACAUGCUUGAUCACAAAUGCCACUCAUAUGUUUGUACCAUGUGGACAUUUAUGUAUUUGCACUAAUUGCAAGGAAAGAUUGGAGGACAACAAAUGUCCGUUAUGUCGAGUCGAAUACAUCAGUUGUAUUCGCGCCAUUAUCACGUAA